AUCUGCAUAGGCUGUUGAAAAUAUUGCACACUCUAAACAAAGAAAUUUAUGUUAACUGGGGUCUUUCUGAAAACUUUCGUAGACAGGUUUCCCCAACCAUUUAAAUAACAGUACAAUAAAAACAAACAAAAAUGUUUUCAACACAGCAAAAGCAUUCUUUUCUUUGUCACCGCUUUAAACUAAUUUAUGCAGUCAUAAGAUAAGAAGACAACGCCCCUAUUUAAGAACUCUAUAUUCAAAAUAUUUUCUAUGCGAACCUUUGUUUUUUGUCGUUGACAAAUUCAAGCCAAUUAAUUAAAUGUUGUUUGGCGUCUGUGAAAUACUUUCAGUGGCUUAACAAAUAUGCUUUACUAAGCAAUAAACCAAACUGGAAUACGGGACGGUAAUUAAAUAAUUGAAAGUGAGAGAAUCAGUUCAAAAUAAUGCGGAUCCCCAAAGGAAGAUUGACUGGUUGGCUUCUGCCGUUGGCAUUUGUUUCUAGCCUGCUGCCUUUUAGCCAUGCAACAGGAACUGCAACCCAAACCGCUCAAAUCAACAGGAAUCCCCGUGGCAGCCAGAACAGCAGUGACUCGGAGCUGAGUGCCUCGGAGCGGAGUCGACGCCUAAUACCCUACAUGGCCUUCUAUCUGCCCGCCCCCGAGUUGCCCAUCAAUCAGCAAUAUGCAACCAAGCACUCGUCGUCGGCUGGCGGGGCACAGCUGCAGGCACCGCCGCCAGGACCCGGAAGGAUACCCGUGCCGGUGGCCUACAUGCCGCAGCAGAAGCAUCCUCAUCCCCAUCACCAUGGACCACCUCAUCCGCCGCCAGGGCAGCACUAUCAGUCCGGAGCAGCCGAGGUGUACCACUCCCUGGUGAUUGGAGGCAACCAGCACCAGCUUCCUCAUGGGCUCCCUCAUCCGCCACCUGGUCAUGUCAAGGAGCAGGCGGCGAUAUCCGAUUCGGGUGCCACAUACAUCGCCUACAAGCCAUUGAACCCAACGCACAAGCACAAGACGGUGCAGCAUUUUCCGCCGCUGCCGCCGUCGCCAAAGGAGCAACUGCAGCAUGCACAGCAUCCCCAGCAACCACAACAACAACAGCAGCAGCAGCAACAGCAACAGCACCACCUCCUGCUGCACCACCAACAGCAGCAACCACAGCAAUUCGAGAUACUAUCACCGGCUUUGGUUGCACCCCCGUCGCAGCGGCAGCGAGGCAAACAAUCAAAAAUCAAUUUAACGCCAUUUACAGCGCAGAACACAUUGCCGGGACAGUUUAUACCCAUUAUUUAUACGCCAGUGAGCAGCAAGCCGGGCUCCUCGAAUGCCAUCAAUUACAACAACAUCCAGGGUAACCUGAAGCAGCCAGAAAGUGUCUAUAAAAAUUCCCAUCAAGCACAAAUCGUUACGGAUUAUGCAGCCGGAGUUGUUGCCUCAGGCGAACAGCCUUUAUCUUCCAGCGAGGAUGAGGAAGAGGGGGAAAAACAAGAGGAGCCACGGCAUCAGCAGGAGGAUCAUGGAGCCCAAGAGGAGGCGGAGGAGGUGCAGCAUCAGCAGCACCAGCAAGUGCAAAACAAUCCAAGCAUUGGCUACGUUUCCGUAUCGGUUCCCGAGCCGAGCGCAGUUACCGCCACUACAUCCUCCAAAAACGCAUUGAUAAUUCAUCAAAAAUCGCCGUCAUUCGGGCAUGUGAGCAAAUACGAAAGCUACUUCAACAUGGCCCCGCCCUCGACCAGCAGUGGCCAUCAUCCGCAUCAGCAACAUCCGCAUAUGACGCCCCAGGAGAAGUAUGUGCUUUACUUACAACAGCGCAUGAAGCACCAAAAGCAUCAGCAUCUGCAACAGCAGCAGAGUUACGACUUUCCACAUCCGGUGGUGCCGGCACAAAGCAACGCACUUGCCACUGCCAGCCACCGUCCACAACACACCCAUCUGCAUCCCCAUCAGCCGACCCACCAUCACCCCCAGUCAAAGACCCAUCUCCCGAACAAGUACGACGCCCUGUACGUAAGACCGGAUGCCACUGCUGGCCCACAGGUGCUGCACAUCCCGCUGCGCGCCCUCAUGGCCCACGUCCAAGAGCAGUCGCACUCCCAGUCGCAGUUGCAGGCGGAGUCGCAGGCCCAGCCGCCAAGGCAAGAGUUCGCCAAGGAUGAGCCGCUUGGUUCCCCAGCACCGCCGCAGUAUAUUGAUUAUCUGAUAGACGGACCGAGGCAAUCACUGGAUGAGGAGCAGCAGCACUCGCAGCAUGAACGACCCUCGGCGCAUCAGCCGCCGCAGCAUGCUUACAUCCUGGUGACCACAACAGCACCGCAUAUCGAACACCAGCCUGCGCCACAAUUGCAUCCUGAAAUUUCCACACCGCGUCCGCCGAUUCUGUACAACCAGCAGCCCACACUUCGAUUGCAGCCAGUGCACAAUUACAAGGCAACCAGGCGUCCCAUUUACGUGACCACGCCCUCGCCAGCGGGUCCGGCCACUCCAAGUCACACGGUAGAGAUUACGCCGAAAUAUGUUUACGUGUCCGGAAAGCCGCCAAGUGCCCCGAAACCAGAGUUACCAAAUAGGGAACCAUCCACGGUAACGCCAAUAAAACUAAAGCCAGUUUACAAAUACGCCCAUGAGCGCCCGCCAUUAACGCCUGCUUAUAUACCAGAGGAUCAGGAUCAGCUACCCGAUAUACGCACCUCAUCGCUCGCCGAAAUUCUUCAUAAGCUUCAGGCCAGCAAUCAUCUUCCACAAACUCUAACACCCGAUAAUAUCGACAAUUCCAUCAAAACAUUGAUUCGCAUUCUUCAGAACCUAAAGCAAACCCAAACCAUUGUGGCUAAUCCUCCGCAGCAUCACGAGGAGCACAAGCCCAGUUCGCAGGACUACGAUUAUAACGAGGAGGAGCACCACUCCCCAUCCGCAGGAUCAGAGGAGGCUAACGAGGCGGUUGCCAAACUUAAGGGACCAAACAAACAUCCAGGACCAAGUACAGGAAGACCUGGCAUCGAUUAUCCGAACUAUGCGGAGAUUCCCCAAACAAGUUUCGAGUGCACCAAACAACGUUACAAGGGUUUCUUUGGCGACCCAGAGACCAACUGCCAAGUUUGGCAUUACUGCGAUCUCAAUGGAGGAAAGGCCUCGUUUUUGUGUCCCAAUGGAACCAUAUUUAGUCAGAUUGCUUUGACUUGCGACUGGUGGUUCAAUGUUAAAUGUUCGACAACCGCUCAACUUUAUGUGCUAAACGAGCGCCUUUACAAGUAUAUUCUGCCUUUUAAUCCCAAGUUUCCCGAGGAUUACAAUGGACCCAUAGUGGAUAAAUACCUGGCCAUGAAGUUCCAGGAAAUGGAGGAAAAGAUGCGCCAAGAAAAGCAACGUAAGGCAACUCAGCAGGCGGAGAAACCCGCUGAAGCUUCAUCCACUCCAGCGCUUCCCAAAAAUCACAAGCCAGAAGCCAAACAUGGUAGUGGAAUAAACGCGCAGGUGUAUGAGCAGAGCUCGGAGAGAAAUCUGCUCAUCGACGAUGAGAUUGAUGACAUAUCGGAGCGAGGAACCUACGAUACAUACGAUCAAACAGCACCCACAACUGUAAUGGCACCCACAAGCACCCAGGACACUCAAUCCUAUGUCCUCAAACCCAUUGUCGUAUCCUCCACUCCACCACCAAAUCAAGAAAUUGAUUUCGAAGUGGAACCAACAGCUCCCGAGAGCAGCGAAGAAGAGGAUAAGCUCCAGAGUUUGAGGGAAACGAAGGAAGCUGAGAAAACGCGGGAAACCACAAAAGUGAGCGUGGAAAAACUGGAGGUGAUUGAGAUUAAAACGGAUGGAAAUACUGGACAACUGAUGCCCAUCAAGGAUAGUAGCAAAUGAGCAUUUUGUGCAAAGGAUAAAGAGUUUGCCAUAUUUGUAAUGAAAAAUUCGCCUGCGAGUUGGUUGUAUAAUCCCUAAAUUAUUCUUAGCGAGCAAGUACUGUAAAUAGCUAGCUGUAAACGCAACUGUAUACAUACCUAUAGCUAUAGUGAAAUAAAAUCUGACUAGUAAG